AUGGGGAUAACGACAGCAACGGCAACAACAUUAGCAGCAACAAUUCACAAUCGUUCCUUAAUCUCCUUGUCUUCAACAAUUAAACCUCGACUUCAUUCUCCUUCUGUUCUCUCUAAAUUCCCCAUUGUCUCUCGCACAAAGUCUCUCACCACUACUUGCUCUCUUCCCACUGAAACUACUACUUCCGCAACAGAGGUUGCUGGUGUUGACGCUUGUCUUGAAGUGAAGAAGAGAGCAGCUGAUUUAUCCCCCGAAUUAAAGGGAACUUCUAUAUUCCUUGUAGGAAUGAGAAGUCCUAUAAAAACCAAUUUGGGUAAACUUUUGGCGGAUGCACUGCGAUAUUAUUAUUUUGACAGUGAUAGUUUGGUCGAGGAAGCUGCCGGUGGUGAAUCUUCUGCCAAAUCUCUUAGGGAGAGUGAUGAGAAAGGAUUUCGCAAGUCCGAGACUGAAGUAUUGAAGCAGUUAUCAUCUAUGGGUCGGCUUGUGGUAUGUGCCGGAGAUGGUGCAGUUCAAAGUUCAAUCAACCUGGGACUUCUGAGACAUGGGAUCUCACUGUGGAUUGAUGUACCCUUGGACAUUGUUGCAAAGGGGAUGGUUGAAGACCAGACUCAACUUGCUGCAUCAGAAUCUCAUUCAGAGGUGUUGGGGCAGCUUGUCACCGCUUAUGAAGGGCUGAGAGCUGGUUAUGGUACAGCUGAUGCGAAAAUUUCACUGCAAAGUACUCAAGGAGAUAGAAAAACUGACAAGAGUAAAGAAGAUGAUGGAAGAGGCAGCAAGACCAUUUUAGCAAACGAUAGCCGUGUUUUCAAUACGUGUAACCAAUUUUCGUGA